CUGUGUGUGUCUAACCGGCCGCCAUUACUGCUCACUCUCACAGCGGAGUAGCCUUCCGCGGUGCAUGCCGGGACAACCCGUCCACUGCAAAUGCGAAACGUUCACGACAAAUGGAAAAAUCGGAUAUCACAUGGACUGCGGCGCACAAGUAGCUGAAGGGGAAAAUUAAUAAAAACUACAUUGAAAAGAGCCACCACGACCCACCAAAUACCAAGAGACUGUUAUCCUAAUCAAAUGUGUACCACCAAGAGACGUUUGCAUUUUAUGUAAAUAAUGGUCGAAUACACGAAACACAAAUUUCCUGGAACGCUACUUGGAGAGCGAGCAUGACAUGCGUGUAAAAGUCUGGCUAGCUGGCUAGCAAAAACGCUCAGCUCGUUCCUUCGGCGCUUGAUUAGUUAUUUUAAACAAUAUCGUUAUCCUGCUACUUGUGUCGAAUGUCUGUCUUUAAUGACAAUUUAACAUUUUUCUCAGUAGCGAUUUGACUGUCACUAUUUGACCUAAAGUGAUUAAGACAAUGUAGCUUGUGUGGGCUAACAGCAGACAGCUAGUUGACAAUGUUUUUGUAAACAGUGGCUAAUACUGCUGAAAGGUGGAGGUUACAUCCAGUGUAAAUAUUCUGUUUUCAUGAAAAACUACCCAAACCGGAAGUCUAAAACCACUACGCGGAAGUGACAUCACCUCAACCCGCAGAAGGUUUUGUUGAAUGCACUUAACCAAUCAGCUUUGUGGUCCAGUUGGAGGAUGAUCACCUUCAUCCUGAUGGUGAACCGCCAGGGUCAGACUCGUCUAUCCAGGUACUACCAGCCAGUCAAGCUCAGCCAGCGUGCGGCGCUGGAGGCCGAUGUGGUCCGAUGCUGUCUGAGCCGUAAGAGAGACCAGUGUUCCUUUGUGGAAUACAAAGACUUCAAACUGGUGUUCCGCCAGUAUGCUGCACUCUACAUCGUGGUGGGCAUCACAGAAGAUGAGAACGAACUGUCAGUUUAUGAGCUGCUGCAGAACUUUGUGGAAGUUUUGGAUAAAUAUUUCAGUCGAGUGGUGAGUUGGGUGUUCCAAUGCUGGAGGUGUAUAGGGAAUGUUGAGUUUAUAAAUUAUAGUCUGACUUCCUGUUUGUGUCCCAACAGAGCGAACUGGAUGUAUCCUUCCAGGUCAGGGGUGGGCAAACUACGGCCCGGGGGCCACAUGCGGCCCACCAAGCGUUUGAAUCCGGCCCGCCAGUUGCUUUCUAAGUAACUUCAACUUUUAACAUACAAACUGGCAACAUGACUUGCAAGUCGGAUGUCUGAUUUAGUCAAAAAUAAACAACAAAACUGUAAAAUUAAAUGACAUAGUUUGAUGUGGUGUGAUGUUUAAAGUGCUCCUAAAAAAGGGACAUGAGAACAUACAACUGAUAUAGGAUAACACUUUUACAGAUAAAAUUAGACAAAUAAUUCAAGGAAAAUGAUAAGCAUAAAAUAGUGUCUGUGUGUUAAAUACGUAUAUGUUCUGGACCCCCAGACAAUUUUGUUAACUCAAUGCGGCCCUCGAGUCCAAAUAUUUGCCCACCCCUGUUCCAGGUCAUGUGACCUGACAGAUACUCAUCAGUGUGUGAUGGCAAAGGCAAAAAAAAGAACACUGUUGGACGCAAUU